AUGGCUUCCUGGCGGAAAAGCAUCCCAGGAGUUGGUCAUAAAUACUACCUGCAGUUCACUACCGAAGACUACAGAAGCAGGGUAAGUGUUGGGAGCUGCCUUGCUACGGUGCUCUUUGAGAAGGGAAACUCUCCGCCUGCUGUCACUAUCAACUGUGUAGACAGCAAAGAUGAGAAGCAAAUCCAAGAAGAGGACAACAAAAUUUACCAAAAAAUAAAGCAACAAACCAAACCAAUAGUUGCAAAUGACAUUCCAGACAGCUAUGGAAAUAUUGAACCUGCCUUUGAGCCAGUGUGGGCUUUGGCUGUUGUUGGCAGCAGCAAAAUAAUGUGGGAAAAAUCAACAGAGAACUUGAGUUACUCCAUGGCACAAGUCAAGUCUGCAAAGCAGUGGAUAAGGCAAGAUGAUUUUAUUGAGUUUGACUACACCGUCUUACUUCACGAAAUUCCAACACAGGAAAUGAUUUCAUGCCACCUGCGUGUCAUUUGGCUUCCUGGUCACCCUCAGAAAGUAAAGUACUUCUGUGCUUCAGAGAAUCAGUGGUUUGAAGAGACAUCUGGAAUGGAAUCUGGAUCUGCUGCUGGAAUUUCACAGGAAAAAGAAGAAAAUUUUUGAGAUGAUUUUCAGC